UAAAUGAUGUCGCAACAGUUAUACGAUCAGUUUCUCCAGUAUUAAAAACUGACAAUCAUGAAAAUAAUGAAAUUGCUCCGUCAAAUUCAAUAGAUGACGCUGUAGAAGCGGAGGAUAAUGAAGAAAUUGAUGAAGGUGGACAAUUUAUUGAUGAUGAUGAUGAAGAAGAAGAUGAGGAGGAUUUAACAAGUUUGGAUAGUUUCUUUUCCGAUAUGUACUCAACGCACACCUCCUCAAAUUACUCACCUUCUAUAUCAGAUGGCACCUUAACGCCAAACUCUUUACAACACCAAGAACAAACAACGUCACACAACCCGCAUGUACAAAGGACGCAAUAUUGCCCGCAGCCAAAUGGUAGCAAAGUUGGGAAUAUUGACGAAAGUGAAGUGGAGGGUAAUGGAGAUGUCAAAACGUCAGUGAAAAACUCAACAAAUAUACUCGAAUCUACGAAGCUAGAAGAAGACGGUGCCAACUUGGAAUUGCAACACAAACGACAGACUCGCAUUCAUCGUCAGCACCUUUACCACCAUGGAGAGUAUCACAGCUCGAAAAUCGUUACAAAAGUGCGGAAAAUCGAAAGAGUUGCUGCAAAGUUUGAUAAGUUGACAGGUGAUGGCAUUAACGGUAGCGGUGCUGAUGGGUCUUAUCAGUGUCAGUUCUGUGAUAAAUCAUUUCCGCGGCUUGGUUAUUUAAAAAAGCACGAACAGAGCCAUGCCGAGCAUUUACCUUUUAAGUGUGAUUAUUGUGCUCGACUCUUUAAGCACAAGAGAUCGAGAGAUCGUCAUACUAAACUACACACUGGGGAUCGCCGAUACCGCUGUCCACAUUGUGAGGCAGCAUUUUCUCGAAGCGAUCAUCUCAAAAUUCACAUGAAAACACACGACAAUCAGAAACCAUUCCAAUGUACGAUAUGCAAUCGCGGAUACAAUACCGCUGCUGCGUUAACCUCACAUAUGCAAAACCAUAAAAAACAAGCAGCUAUUCUAGCAGCAGGAGGAAAUCCUCAAGCACUUAAUUACAGUCCACGUUCUACUGGAUCUGUUUCCAGUAGCGGAAGUUUUCACAAGAGGCGCUAUGCCACGACAUUGGCUCACACUGAUGCUAAGCCAACCCGACUAGAUUAUCCAAAGCGACCACGAACUGUGAAUCUUCUUUCCUGUAACUACUGCUCCAAAUCCGAGUUCAACUCGAUUGAACAACUCAAUGUACAUAUUCACACAAAGCAUGACAAAGAAGUGUUUUCCUCGCAAAAAACACAGCCAAUGGCCGCUCUUGGGGCCGCAGUUGCUGAACCAAAUCCAUUCCAGUUGAGAUGUGAGUACUGUACUAUGCAAUUUGGAAAUCUACCUGCGUUAUUUCAGCAUAUACGUCUCGCACAUGUCGAUCGUUUGGCGAGCCCAAACUCGUACUUCGAACAUUUCAACCGUUUAGCUGCAUCAGGGACUUUUAGUCCUCGCUUAGUGAGUGAAAAACCCACUUUGAGGGAAGAAAAUACUACAAAGGAAAGUAAUAUUAAGGCAGAACAAAAUUUACCAUGCUCGGAAAACGCCAAUGAGGAAAAACAAGAGGAAGAGCCCACUGACCUUAGCAAAAAUAAACGCCGUUCAACAACCCCCGUUUCUCUGCAGGAGGAAUCUCUUCAGCCUGACAUGUUUUUCUGCAAUCAAUGCAAUGCAGGUCUGCCAGAUUUUGAAAAGUUCCGUAGUCAUUUAAAAACGCAUAUAACGCAAGGUUUAAAUCUUAUUUGCCACCACUGCGGUUUGGCGUUACGGGAACAAUCGGAGCACGAGCGGCAUGUAAUCUCACAUUAUUUAAUCUCUAAUUCAGAAUAUAUUUGUGCAAGCCCUAAAUGCGACAAAUCGUAUGCAAAACCUGAGGAGCUUCAAAACCAUAUGUUGGAUCAGCACGCAAUCCCUAUGUUCAAGUGUGGUGUAUGCUCUGAAUUAUUCGAGUCCAAAAUAGCUAUUCAGAUGCACUUCGCUUGUGCACAUUCCGUUGAAACUAAAUUAUUGCGAUGUUCAGUCUGUAUGGAAUUAUUCCAAUCUGAGAGAGAGUUCAAUACGCACGUAAAAACACGCCAUCCAGGACUUAAUGGACCAGUACCCAAUUCACUUCAAUGUUUGUUUUGUCGAACUGUAUGCGGUAAUGAUUUGGAAAUGCAUUUUCAUCUCGCCGCACAUGCUCGCCAAUUCCAAUGCCCCUCGUGUCCAGAAACUUUUCAUGUGGAGUUUCUAUUGGAUCGACAUAUGCAACACCAUCAUACUGGCAAUAAUCGAGCGGCAUUAUCUUCAAAGGUAUCCCUUGAGGAAGCUUCAAUACCAUCUAAUAUGCCGAAUCAAAUGAACCCUCUUUAUGUGAAUGCCUUACUUAGCAAAGCUCCCCAGAUGCCGAUUACUUCGCAAAACAACAACUCUAGUGUUCUUGAUUACAAUAUAGCUUUUGCAGCUCAUCUCAAUAAAAGCCUUUUCCCUGGUUCCACGGCAUCAGCAACUCCAUUCACAGACGACAAAUUUUAUAAUGCAUUGCAGGUAGAUACAGGAGCCGUGAAACACCCUGGGCUCAUGUAUGGCCUCAGCCAGCGCUAUUUCGAUACAAGUCGAACACUAAUUGAGAUGUAUACGCAGCAACGAAUAGAUAAACCAAUAGUGGAAAGCUAUUUCAAUAGUCCGAAGCCGCAAUCCGUUACACAGCAUUUAAAAUCUCAACCAGAUUUACAUGAAAAUCGACCGCCAGCGGAAUCGUCAAAUCCAACUUCGGUUGGAAUAAACUCUUCCAUGGGUUAUAGCUGUGAUAUUUGCGAACGCAAUGAUUUUCGAUCUGAAAGUGAGGUGAACUCACAUCGUAAAAUCGUCCAUAACAUGAAAACUGGAGUGAGUUUGCGAUGCGCCUACUGCUCGGGGAACUUUAAGUCACGUAGCGAAUUGGAACAUCAUAUGAAAACGUGUCACAAUUCAACUGGAAAACAUAAAUGUCUGAUUUGUGAUGAAAUUUUUCCCUCGUCAGCUAUAUUGGCAGAACACAAACUACAACACUCAAAGGUUGGUCAAUCUGGCAAAUGUUCACACUGCAGUAAGCCCUUGGACGGCGCUUCAGCUUUCAAAGCACAUCUUAAUGACCAUAACAAUGAGAGCCAACUUCCAAUGCAAUGUAUUUGCUGUCGACAAUCACUUCAUUCCGAUUUUGAAAUCGGUUUACAUGCACAAUUCCAUACCAAAUCCUCCAACAAUCCAGAAAGUGUGUGUGCUCUUUGCUUAGAACCCAUACCAAAUCCCAUGAAUGGCGAAGCUAAAGUUUGUGAAAAGUGCUGCCGAAAGCAUAAACUUGGCCCUAAAUUUAAAACUCAACGUUUACGUAGCGAAAUUUUUGAGCGUGACUCAGAGAUUUGUCGAAGCGCAUUGAAAACCGAAAAUCGCUGCAAUAUCUGCAAAUUAAUGCUGCCACACACACAAAAACUACAAGAGCAUUUGGUAGAGCACACUUUUGCCGGUUGUGAGGAACGGGGUUUCAAUUGCUACAUAUGCUCCGCCGUAUUCACAGCCCCAACUGGCCUACUAUCCCAUAUGCAUGAGCAUGGACUGCAGUCUCGCCCUUACGACUGUAACAUUUGCACCGAUAAAUUCUUCUUCCGCGCUGAAUUGGAACAUCACCUGCUAGCCCAUGAAAUCCAAGAUCCGAUAGAAUUACGAAAUAUAUUAAGCAGUAACGACAAGUUCUCGUUACCAAGAGAGAGUGAUAAUUCCGAGCCCUAUUUAACAGAAGUUAAAAAGGAAAUACUUCUUCCCGAUGAUAAAGCGACAACAGGUGAAGAGGAUGAGUACAUUGAAAUUGAAAAUGUAUCCGAUGCGAAUCAGAUUUAUAAUCAGACACAGCAAUCUUACAUCACCCAUAAGGAAAGAAUACAAUUGGAAGACUCGAAGCAACUAUCACCACAUUGAAACUAAAAACAAAAUUAACCUACGUUAUAAAACUAUAUUCGUAUGCGCACUUAUUUAUGUUUGUUAUCCUUUAUACAUAUUUA